AAAUUGUGGUCUUUUAUCUUCACAAGACAUCAAGAUUAUAGCAAAAAUUCAAUCAAGGGUUUAAGGAUUGAGUCACAUGGGGUUUUCAUCUGCAGACUAAAAACCCUAUAAAGCCCCUAACUUUCUUUCACCUCCCCAACCCAAAAGCUUAUCAAGACGGCUGCUUUAACACUCCGCAAGAAGCUUGGCUUCACAGGCGCAGCAGCAACAAUGGCCUUCACCUCUCCCACCAAUACUUUCAAGAAACCCCCUCCUUAUUUCUGGCUUUGCCAUUCACCCCCUCGUUCUUCUUCUUCCUCCUCUUCUUGUAGGUCCAUUUGGAGUUCUUCUGUUUCCAAGAAAGCCCUUCAAAGGUGGCAACUUCAAAAUACCCAUGGUAAAAAAGAGCGAUUUUGCAAUAUCGCAAUGGGUUUUAGCCCGUUUGGAUACAACUCACGGUUAAAUAUCAGUACCAUGGCUUUCGACGGAAGUCAACGAUACGCUAAUAUGGCACAUAACCAAUCAUGUGCUGACUUUAGGCUUCAUGUAGAAUCAAGUAGAGGUAAUUCGUACGCUAGGAUGCUGCGACGUGGCAGUAAAGAUAGAAUCCCGGGGCCUGUACAUCCACGCUUCAGUCCUGUCGUAAACUCUCAUUCGCAAAUCCCGUUUAGAGAUAAAGAUCCUCCACCGCUAACAUGGCCUGAAGCAACGGAAGCGUUAAGAAGUUUUAAAAAAGCCUUGCUUUCCUGUAACAGAAUGAAUGGUUCUAUGCCUAACGGCUACGCAGGAUCAAUUAUAACUGAACCCUGUGCCGAAAGUCAACCAUCUAAUGGAAACUUGACUUCUUCACCUAAAGUCAACCAAAGUUAUCCGGUGUCAAAGUUUUCGGAAGAUACACAUGUGCCCAAUGUUCAGUAUGCAGGAUCAAACAUAACCGAGCCUUCAUCACCUAAAGUUAGCCAAAAAUAUCCAGAGUCAAAGUCAAAGUUUUCAGAAGAUAUGCCUGUCCCUAAGGUUCCGUAUGCAGGCUCAAACAUAACCGAGACAGAAAUCAAAAACGGAUUGAAGAAGUUCCAAAGUCAACCAACUAACGGAUACUCGACUCCAAGAAAGUCAACCCUGUCAUCGCCUAGAGUCAACCAAAAACAUCCAGUGUCAAAGUCAAAGUCGCAGUUUUCAGAAGAUAUACCCGUGAAUGGUGUCCACCAAAAAGACUUGCAAUGUGAUGAUUUUAAUGAAACCUAUAUUGUACCUAUAGAUUCUAAGGAUUCGACCCAUUUACAAAAGAGGCUUAAGAGGAUUUACGACAAGGUUCUUGUCGUUGAUGACAUCAUCAAAGCCAAAGAAGUCGUUAGAAAGCUCACCACUGAGUACCGUCAUCUUGUAUAUGCUUGUGAUACCGAGGUGGCUGCAAUCGACGUGAAGCAAGAAACACCUGUCGAUCACGGAGAGGUUAUAUGUUUCAGCGUUUACGGGGGACACGAAGCCGACUUCGGAAACGGCAAAUCUUGUAUUUGGGUUGAUGUUUUAGAUGGCGGAGGCAAGAAAAUACUCGAUAUAUUUUCACGGUUUUUCGAAGACCCCAACAUUAAAAAGGUUUGGCAUAACUAUAGCUUCGAUAACCAUGUUAUAGAGAAUUACGGGAUUAAGCUAUCGGGCUUUCAUGCCGACACAAUGCACAUGGCCCGGUUAUGGGAUUCUUCUAGAAGAAUGUCCGGCGGGUAUUCUCUAGAAGCACUUACUAGUGAUUCAAAAGGAAUCAUGUCGGGUGCUAAUUUAGGUCCUAACGAAGAGUUAAUCGGGAAAGUAUCAAUGAAAACCAUUUUCGGGAGAAAAAAGUUAAAAAAAGACGGCUCCGAGGGCAAAAUUGUCGUUAUACCUCCCGUUGAAGAGCUUCAAAGGGUAGAACGGGAACCGUGGGUUUGUUAUUCGGCUUUAGAUUCGAUAAGCACGCUCAAGCUUUAUGAAAGAUUGAAAAUAAAACUAUCGAAUCGAGUGUGGAACUUCAACGGGGUUACAAAAGGAAAUUUGUUUGAUUUUUAUGAACAAUAUUGGCGCCCGUUUGGUGAGCUUUUGGUGAAGAUGGAAACUGAAGGGGUGUUAGUGGAUCGGGCCCAUCUUAUGGAAAUUGAAAAGAUUGCGAAAGUCGAACAACAAAUAGCGGCUGAUCGGUUUCGUAAUUGGGCUUCGAAAUUGUGUCCAGAUGCUAAGUUUAUGAAUGUCGGUAGUGAUACGCAGCUCCGUCAGCUGUUUUUCGGCGGAAUUGAAAACAGCAAAGAUCCAAGUCAAACGCUUCCAUUGGAGAAGGAAUUCAAAGUCCCUAAUGUCGAUAACAUAAUCGAAGAAGGCAAAAAAAUCGCCACUAAAUUCCGUAAAAUCAAACUAAACGCAAUUUGUUCCGGUUUACAACCGGAAACAUACACCGCGUCGGGGUGGCCUUCGGUUAGUGGAAAAGCGUUGAAGACGCUUGCAGGGAAGGUAUCUAUGGAUUACGAUUUUAUUGACAAUGAGUUGGAUGAAAAAGACGAUGACGUGGAUGACGAUGAGGUGGCAGAGGCAAAGACGAAACCCGUUGCUAAUAACUCGGAUUACGGCACUGCUUAUGUGGCAUUUGGAGGGGGAUCGGAAGGACACGAGGCGUGUCAUGCGAUUGCUGCUUUGUGUGAAGUUUGUUCUAUAGACUCUUUGAUAUCCAACUUUAUUCUCCCGUUACAGGGCAGCCAUAUAUCUGGCAAAAACGGGCGUAUUCAUUGUUCGCUAAAUAUCAACACUGAAACAGGGAGACUAUCAGCUAGAAGACCAAAUCUGCAGAACCAACCUGCUUUAGAGAAAGAUCGAUACAAGAUCCGUCAAGGAUUUAUAGCAGCGCCAGGAAACUCUCUUAUCGUUGCGGAUUACGGGCAGUUGGAAUUGAGGAUUCUUGCACAUCUUGCCGAGUGUAAGAGCAUGCUCGAUGCAUUUGAAGCCGGUGGAGAUUUCCAUUCGAGAACCGCAAUGAACAUGUAUCCGUACAUUCGUGAUGCUAUCGACCGUAAACAGGUUCUUCUCGAGUGGCAUCCUCAACCCGGUCAAGAAACUCCACCCGUUCCCCUCCUAAAGGAUAUGUAUGCUUCCGAAAGAAGAAAAGCGAAAAUGCUCAACUUUUCCAUUGCGUACGGGAAAACCCCCGUCGGUCUUGCACGUGACUGGAAGGUUUCGGUAAACGAAGCAAAAGAAACAGUUAAAAGAUGGUAUAACGGCAGAGAAGAAGUGCUCAGAUGGCAAGAAGCCCGUAAAAAAGAAGCCCGGAGUAUUGGAUGUGUAUAUACACUGUUGGGCCGGGCCCGCACUUUUCCGUCCACAAAAAACGCUACUCCGUCACAUAGAGGCCACAUUGAACGGGCCGCAAUUAAUACACCCGUUCAGGGUAGCGCUGCUGAUGUGGCGAUGUGUGCCAUGCUGGAAAUAUCCAAAAACGCUCGGUUGCGAGAGCUUGGGUGGAAGCUGCUCUUACAGGUCCAUGACGAAGUGAUACUGGAAGGGCCCACAGAGUCGGCGGAGGUGGCAAAAGCGAUAGUUGUUGACUGCAUGUCGAAGCCUUUCGAUGGUAAGAAUAUUCUCAAAGUCGGCCUAUCGGUUGAUGCGAAAUUUGCCCAAAACUGGUACUCUGCGAAAUAGAGCCCGACCCGAAAUGGCACAUUUGACUUUUGGUGACUGCUCAUUGGACUUUUGGAGAUAUUCUGAAGUUUUGAUGUCAAUGGCUGUAGAAUAGUUGAGUUUGCAAAGAUCCAUGUGUUGUAUAUAGUUAUUUUGGAUUCUGGAUGAUGAUAUUGUGUAACUUGAAGGGUGGUAACUGUAAAAAGGAUAUUGAAGGCGUUUUCUUUUUUUUC